AUGUCGCGGUAUUUGUGCGAAUUUGAAGUGUUUGGCCGAGUGCAAGGUGUAUUCUUUCGAAAAUAUACGAAACAACAGGCAGAUUCACUUGGUGUAGCCGGCUGGUGUAUGAACACACGGGAUGAUACUGUGAAAGGCGAAAUCGAAGGAGCUGAAGAUAAAAUUGGACUCAUGAAACAGUGGUUAGAAAAGACCGGCAGUCCAUCGUCUCGUAUUAGCAAAGCCAUUUUCUCACCGCUCCGCACAAUCGACACACCAGUUUAUACGAAUUUUGCUAUUCGCAGGUGA